AUGUGCUCCCGCGUGUAUACCCGUCAUUCCCUAUGUAUGUUGCCAUGUCAGCAGGUGUUGGAGCAGCACGGCAGGGACGAGUCAUACCACGAGGCUGUGCCACCAGACGCGGUCGCAUUCGCCCGCUCCACCCACCAAGUGCAACAGCUGCUAACCGCGUGCGCUCCUGCAUGCCCGUUAUUCCCUAUGUUACCAUGUCAACAACAGGUGUUGGAGCAGCAUGGCAGGGACGAGUCAUACCACGAGGCUGUCCCACCAGACGCGGUCGCAUUCGCCCGCUCCACCCACCAAGUGCAACAGCUGGUAACCGCGUGCGCUCCUGCAUGCCCGUUAUUCCCUAUGUUACCAUGUCAACAACAGGUGUUGGAGCAGCAUGGCAGGGACGAGUCAUACCACGAGGCUGUCCCACCAGACGCGGUCGCAUUCGCCCGCUCCACCCACCAAGUGCAACAGCUGGUAACCGCGUGCGCUGCCGCCCGCGUGCCCGUCAUUCCCUAUGGCGCCGGCACGUCUUUGGAAGGCCACGUGGCGGCGCUCUGUGGAGGCGUCUCCAUUGACCUGUCGCAGAUGAAUGAGGUGGUGGAGGUACAUGCAGAGGACAUGGACUGCAGGGUGCAGGCAGGGGUGACACGUCAGCAGCUCAACCACCAUCUGCACGACUCGGGCCUCUUUUUCCCCGUUGACCCAGGCUCGGAAUGCACCAUAGGGGGGAUGACAGCAACAAGAGCUUCAGGCACCAAUGCUGUUCGGUACGGCACGAUGCGAGAGGCAGUGCUGGGGGUCACUGCAGUGCUGCCCAACGGGCAGAUCAUAAAAACGGGCAGCCGAGCACGAAAGUCCUCCUCAGGCUACGACUUAACUCGCCUGAUUGUGGGGAGCGAGGGCACACUGGCUGUUGUCACCGAGGUGGCUCUUCGCCUGUAUCCCCAACCCGAGGCUGUCUCAGCUGCUGUCUGCCCCUUCACCUCCAUUGCUGGUGCUGUGGAUGCGGUGAUAGAGACCAUUCAAAGCGCCAUCCCCGUCGCACGCAUAGAUCUCCUGGACGAGGUUCAGACGCACCUGCACCCAAGCCCCACGCUCUUCUUUGAGUUCCACGGCACUGCGGCUGCCGUGGAGGAGCAAGCCAAGAAGGUUUCGGAGAUUGCAUCUGGCAAUGGGGGGGCCUCGUUUGAGUGGUCGACGGCUCCUGAGGAGCGAUCCAAGCUCUGGGCUGCCCGCCACUCCGCCUACUAUGCUGCCUUGGCGCUCAGACCCAACAGCAAAGGGUGGGUGAGCCAACAGCACAGCAGGCAGGUCCUCACGAAGCAGCAGAUCCGCACUGGACUCGUCUUUGAUAAGGACACUCCCUUCCCAAUCUCCCUCUCCCCCGUGUCCCGUCGUUUCCCUACCCCAGCCUCCUCGUGUGCCUAUAUCGCGCCUCACAGAGCUGGUGCUGCUGGCGAAACACCCUUCGUUAGCAGCCUGCUAGCGGACGUGUGUGUGCCUAUAUCGCGGCUCACAGAGCUGGUGCUCUUAGCGAAGCAGCAGAUAGGGCAGGCCCAGCUGGUAACUCGUCUUCCACGAUCACACGCCCUUCCCAACCUCGCUCUCUCUUUCUUCUUCUUUUCUAUCCAUCCUUCCCACCCCCCCUACCCCAGCCUCCUAGCGGAUGUGUGUGUGCCUAUAUCACGUCUCACAGAGCUGGUGGUGCUGGCGAAGCAGCAGAUAGAGCAGGCUCAGCUGGUGGCGCCAAUAGUGGGCCAUGUGGGGGACGGCAACUUCCACGUGCUCUUCAUUGUGGAUCCGGACAAUAAGGAUGAGCUGGCAGCGGUCAAGCGAGUCAACGACAGUCUUGUGGCGCGUGCCAUUGCUGUGGGCGGCACAUGCAGCGGCGAGCACGGCGUGGGCUAUGGCAAUUUGUCAUUCUUGGAGUCGGAGCAUGGGAGCGCAGCACUGGAUGCCAUGGCAGCUUUCAAGGCAGCCCUCUGUCUGCCCCUUCCUCCUUCCAUUAUCUUCAUCUCCUUCCAUCAUCUCCCUCCCCUUCCAUCAUCUCCCUCCCCUUCCAUCAUCUCCCUCCCCUUCCAUCAUCUCCCUCCCCUUCCAUCAUCUCCCUCCCCUUCCAUCAUCUCCCUCCCCUUCCAUCAUCUCCCUCCCCUUCCAUCAUCUCCCUCCCCUUCCAUCAUCUCCCUCCCCUUCCAUCAUCUCCCUCCCCUUCCAUCAUCUCUCUCCCCUUCCAUCAUCUCUCUCCCCUUCCAUCAUCUCUCUCCCCUUCCAUCAUCUCUCUCCCCUUCCAUCAUCUCUCUCCCCUUCCAUCAUCUCCCUCCCCUUCCAUCAUCUCCCUCCCCUUCCAUCAUCUCCCUCCCCUUCCAUCAUCUCCCUCCCCUUCCAUCAUCUCCCUCCCCUUCCAUCAUCUCCCUCCCCUUCCAUCAUCUCCCUCCCCUUCCAUCAUCUCCCUCCCCUUCCAUCAUCUCCCUCCCCUUCCAUCAUCUCCCUCCCCUUCCAUCAUCUCCCUCCCCUUCCAUCAUCUCCCUCCCCUUCCAUCAUCUCCCUCCCCUUCCAUCAUCUCCCUCCCCUUCCAUCAUCUCCCUCCCCUUCCAUCAUCUCCCUCCCCUUCCAUCAUCUCCCUCCCCUUCCAUCAUCUCUCUCCCCUUCCAUCAUCUCUCUCCCCUUCCAUCAUCUCUCUCCCCUUCCAUCAUCUCUCUCCCCUUCCAUCAUCUCUCUCCCCUUCCAUCAUCUCUCUCCCCUUCCAUCAUCUCUCCCCUUCCAUCAUCUCCCUCCCCUUCCAUCAUCUCCCUCCCCUUCCAUCAUCUCCCUCCCCUUCCAUCAUCUCCCUCCCCUUCCAUCAUCUCCCUCCCCUUCCAUCAUCUCCCUCCCCUUCCAUCAUCUCCCUCCCCUUCCAUCAUCUCCCUCCCCUUCCAUCAUCUCCCUCCCCUUCCAUCAUCUCCCUCCCCUUCCAUCAUCUCCCUCCCCUUCCAUCAUCUCCCUCCCCUUCCAUCAUCUCCCUCCCCUUCCAUCAUCUCCCUCCCCUUCCAUCAUCUCCCUCCCCUUCCAUCAUCUCCCUCCCCUUCCAUCAUCUCCCUCCCCUUCCAUCAUCUCCCUCCCCUUCCAUCAUCUCCCUCCCCUUCCAUCAUCUCCCUCCCCUUCCAUCAUCUCCCUCCCCUUCCAUCAUCUCUCUCCCCUUCCAUCAUCUCUCUCCCCUUCCAUCAUCUCUCUCCCCUUCCAUCAUCUCUCUCCCCUUCCAUCAUCUCCUCCCCUUCCAUCAUCUCCCUCCCCUUCCAUCAUCUCCCUCCCCUUCCAUCAUCUCCCUCCCCUUCCAUCAUCUCCCUCCCCUUCCAUCAUCUCCCUCCCCUUCCAUCAUCUCCCUCCCCUUCCAUCAUCUCCCUCCCCUUCCAUCAUCUCCCUCCCCUUCCAUCAUCUCCCUCCCCUUCCAUCAUCUCCCUCCCCUUCCAUCAUCUCCCUCCCCUUCCAUCAUCUCCUCCCCUUCCAUCAUCUCCUCCCCUUCCAUCAUCUCCCUCCCCUUCCAUCAUCUCCCUCCCCUUCCAUCAUCUCCUCCCCUUCCAUCAUCUCUCUCCCCUUCCAUCAUCUCCUCUCCUCUCCCCCUUCCAUCAUCUCUCUCCCCUUCCAUCAUCUCUCUCCCCUUCCAUCAUCUCUCUCCCCUUCCAUCAUCUCCCUCCCCUUCCAUCAUCUCCCUCCCCUUCCAUCAUCUCCCUCCCCUUCCAUCAUCUCCCUCCCCUUCCAUCAUCUCCCUCCCCUUCCAUCAUCUCCCUCCCCUUCCAUCAUCUCCCUCCCCUUCCAUCAUCUCCCUCCCCUUCCAUCUCCAUCUCCCCUCCCCUUCCAUCAUCUCCCUCCCCUUCCAUCAUCUCCCUCCCCUUCCAUCAUCUCCCUCCCCUUCCAUCAUCUCCUCUCCCCUUCCAUCAUCUCUCUCCUCUCUCCCCUUCCAUCAUCUCUCUCCCCUUCCAUCAUCUCUCUCCCCUUCCAUCAUCUCUCUCCCCUUCCAUCAUCUCCCUCCCCUUCCAUCAUCUCCCUCCCCUUCCAUCAUCUCCUCUCCCCUUCCAUCAUCUCCCUCCCCUUCCAUCAUCUCCCCUCCCCUUCCAUCAUCUCCCUCCCCUUCCAUCAUCUCCCUCCCCUUCCAUCAUCUCCCUCCCCUUCCAUCAUCUCCCUCCCCUUCCAUCAUCUCCCUCCCCUUCCAUCAUCUCUCCCUUCCCCUUCCAUCAUCUCCCUCCCCUUCCAUCAUCUCCCUCCCCUUCCCAUCAUCUCUCCUCCCCUUCCAUCAUCUCCCUCCCCUUCCAUCAUCUCCCUCCCCUUCCAUCAUCUCCCUCCCCUUCCAUCAUCUCCCUCCCCUUCCAUCAUCUCCCUCCCCUUCCAUCAUCUCCCUCCCCUUCCAUCAUCAUCUCUCUCCCCUUCCAUCAUCUCUCUCCCCUUCCAUCAUCUCUCUCCCCUUCCAUCAUCUCUCUCCCCUUCCAUCAUCUCUCUCCCCUUCCAUCAUCUCUCUCCCCUUCCAUCAUCUCCCUCCCCUUCCAUCAUCUCCCUCCCCUUCCAUCAUCUCCCUCCCCUUCCAUCAUCUCCCUCCCCUUCCAUCAUCUCCCUCCCCUUCCAUCAUCUCCCUCCCCUUCCAUCAUCUCCCUCCCCUUCCAUCAUCUCCCUCCCCUUCCAUCAUCUCCCUCCCCUUCCAUCAUCUCCCUCCCCUUCCAUCAUCUCCCUCCCCUUCCAUCAUCUCCCUCCCCUUCCAUCAUCUCCCUCCCCUUCCAUCAUCUCCCUCCCCUUCCAUCAUCUCCCUCCCCUUCCAUCAUCUCCCUCCCCUUCCAUCAUCUCCCUCCCCUUCCAUCAUCUCCCUCCCCUUCCAUCAUCUCCCUCCCCUUCCAUCAUCUCCCUCCCCUUCCAUCAUCUCCCUCCCCUUCCAUCAUCUCCCUCCCCUUCCAUCAUCUCCCUCCCCUUCCAUCAUCUCCCUCCCCUUCCAUCAUCUCCCUCCCUUCCAUCAUCUCCCUCCCCUUCCAUCAUCUCCCUCCCCUUCCAUCAUCUCCCUCCCCUUCCAUCAUCUCCCUCCCCUUCCAUCAUCUCCCUCCCCUUCCAUCAUCUCCCUCCCCUUCCAUCAUCUCCCUCCCCUUCCAUCAUCUCCCUCCCUUCCAUCAUCUCCCUCCCCUUCCAUCAUCUCCCUCCCCUUCCAUCAUCUCCCUCCCCUUCCAUCAUCUCCCUCCCCCUUCCAUCAUCUCCCUCCCUUCCAUCAUCUCCUCCCCUUCCAUCAUCUCUCCUCCCCUUCCAUCAUCUCUCUCCCCUUCCAUCAUCUCCCUCCCCUUCCAUCAUCUCCCUCCCCUUCCAUCAUCUCCUCUCCCCUUCCAUCAUCUCCCUCCCCUUCCAUCAUCUCCCUCCCCUUCCAUCAUCUCUCUCCCCUUCCAUCAUCUCCCUCCCCUUCCAUCAUCUCCCUCCCCUUCCAUCAUCUCCUCCCCUUCCAUCAUCUCCCUCCCCUUCCAUCAUCUCCCUCCCUUCCAUCAUCUCCCUCCCCUUCCAUCAUCUCCCUCCCCUUCCAUCAUCUCCCUCCCCUUCCAUCAUCUCCCUCCCCUUCCAUCAUCUCCCUCCCCUUCCAUCAUCUCCCUCCCCUUCCAUCAUCUCCCUCCCCUUCCAUCAUCUCCCUCCCCUUCCAUCAUCUCUCUCCUCUCUCCCCUUCCAUCAUCUCUCUCCCCUUCCAUCAUCUCUCUCCCCUUCCAUCAUCUCCCUCCCCUUCCAUCAUCUCCCUCCCCUUCCAUCAUCUCCCUCCCCUUCCAUCAUCUCCCUCCCCUUCCAUCAUCUCCCUCCCCUUCCAUCAUCUCCCUCCCCUUCCAUCAUCUCCCUCCCCUUCCAUCAUCUCCCUCCCCUUCCAUCAUCUCCCUCCCCUUCCAUCAUCUCCCUCCCCUUCCAUCAUCUCCCUCCCCUUCCAUCAUCUCCCUCCCCUUCCAUCAUCUCCCUCCCCUUCCAUCAUCUCCCUCCCCUUCCAUCAUCUCCCUCCCCUUCCAUCAUCUCCCUCCCCUUCCAUCAUCUCCCUCCCCUUCCAUCAUCUCCCUCCCCUUCCAUCAUCUCCCUCCCCUUCCAUCAUCUCUCUCCCCUUCCAUCAUCUCUCUCCCCUUCCAUCAUCUCUCUCCCCUUCCAUCAUCUCUCUCCCCUUCCAUCAUCUCUCUCCCCUUCCAUCAUCUCCCUCCCCUUCCAUCAUCUCCCUCCCCUUCCAUCAUCUCCCUCCCCUUCCAUCAUCUCCCUCCCCUUCCAUCAUCUCCCUCCCCUUCCAUCAUCUCCCUCCCCUUCCAUCAUCUCCCUCCCCUUCCAUCAUCUCCCUCCCCUUCCAUCAUCUCCCUCCCCUUCCAUCAUCUCCCUCCCCUUCCAUCAUCUCCCUCCCCUUCCAUCAUCUCCCUCCCCUUCCAUCAUCUCCCUCCCCUUCCAUCAUCUCCCUCCCCUUCCAUCAUCUCCCUCCCCUUCCAUCAUCUCCCUCCCCUUCCAUCAUCUCCCUCCCCUUCCAUCAUCUCCCUCCCCUUCCAUCAUCUCCCUCCCCUUCCAUCAUCUCCCUCCCCUUCCAUCAUCUCCCUCCCCUUCCAUCAUCUCUCUCCCCUUCCAUCAUCUCUCUCCCCUUCCAUCAUCUCUCUCCCCUUCCAUCAUCUCUCUCCCCUUCCAUCAUCUCCUCCCCUUCCAUCAUCUCCCUCCCCUUCCAUCAUCUCCCUCCCCUUCCAUCAUCUCCCUCCCCUUCCAUCAUCUCCCUCCCCUUCCAUCAUCUCCCUCCCCUUCCAUCAUCUCCCUCCCCUUCCAUCAUCUCCCUCCCCUUCCAUCAUCUCCCUCCCCUUCCAUCAUCUCCCUCCCCUUCCAUCAUCUCCCUCCCCUUCCAUCAUCUCCCUCCCCUUCCAUCAUCUCCCUCCCCUUCCAUCAUCUCCCUCCCCUUCCAUCAUCUCCCUCCCCUUCCAUCAUCUCCCUCCCCUUCCAUCAUCUCCCUCCCCUUCCAUCAUCUCCCUCCCCUUCCAUCAUCUCCCUCCCCUUCCAUCAUCUCCCUCCCCUUCCAUCAUCUCCCUCCCCUUCCAUCAUCUCCCUCCCCUUCCAUCAUCUCCCUCCCCUUCCAUCAUCUCCCUCCCCUUCCAUCAUCUCCCUCCCCUUCCAUCAUCUCUCUCCCCUUCCAUCAUCUCUCUCCCCUUCCAUCAUCUCUCUCCCCUUCCAUCAUCUCUCUCCCCUUCCAUCAUCUCUCUCCCCUUCCAUCAUCUCCCUCCCCUUCCAUCAUCUCCCUCCCCUUCCAUCAUCUCCCUCCCCUUCCAUCAUCUCCCUCCCCUUCCAUCAUCUCCCUCCCCUUCCAUCAUCUCCCUCCCCUUCCAUCAUCUCCCUCCCCUUCCAUCAUCUCCCUCCCCUUCCAUCAUCUCCCUCCCCUUCCAUCAUCUCCCUCCCCUUCCAUCAUCUCCCUCCCCUUCCAUCAUCUCCCUCCCCUUCCAUCAUCUCCCUCCCCUUCCAUCAUCUCUCUCCCCUUCCAUCAUCUCUCUCCCCUUCCAUCAUCUCUCUCCCCUUCCAUCAUCUCUCUCCCCUUCCAUCAUCUCUCUCCCCUUCCAUCAUCUCUCUCCCCUUCCAUCAUCUCUCUCCCCUUCCAUCAUCUCUCUCCCCUUCCAUCAUCUCCCUCCCCUUCCAUCAUCUCCCUCCCCUUCCAUCAUCUCCCUCCCCUUCCAUCAUCUCCCUCCCCUUCCAUCAUCUCCCUCCCCUUCCAUCAUCUCCCUCCCCUUCCAUCAUCUCCCUCCCCUUCCAUCAUCUCCCUCCCCUUCCAUCAUCUCCCUCCCCUUCCAUCAUCUCCCUCCCCUUCCAUCAUCUCCCUCCCCUUCCAUCAUCUCCCUCCCCUUCCAUCAUCUCCCUCCCCUUCCAUCAUCUCCCUCCCCUUCCAUCAUCUCCCUCCCCUUCCAUCAUCUCCCUCCCCUUCCAUCAUCUCCCUCCCCUUCCAUCAUCUCCCUCCCCUUCCAUCAUCUCCCUCCCCUUCCAUCAUCUCCCUCCCCUUCCAUCAUCUCCCUCCCCUUCCAUCAUCUCCCUCCCCUUCCAUCAUCUCCCUCCCCUUCCAUCAUCUCCCUCCCCUUCCAUCAUCUCUCUCCCCUUCCAUCAUCUCUCUCCCCUUCCAUCAUCUCUCUCCCCUUCCAUCAUCUCUCUCCCCUUCCAUCAUCUCCCUCCCCUUCCAUCAUCUCCCUCCCCUUCCAUCAUCCUCCUCCCCUUCCAUCAUCUCCCUCCCCUUCCAUCAUCUCCCUCCCCUUCCAUCAUCUCCCUCCCCUUCCAUCAUCUCCCUCCCCUUCCAUCAUCUCCCUCCCCUUCCAUCAUCUCCCUCCCCUUCCAUCAUCUCCCUCCCCUUCCAUCAUCUCCCUCCCCUUCCAUCAUCUCCCUCCCCUUCCAUCAUCUCCCUCCCCUUCCAUCAUCUCCCUCCCCUUCCAUCAUCUCCCUCCCCUUCCAUCAUCUCCCUCCCCUUCCAUCAUCUCCCUCCCCUUCCAUCAUCUCCCUCCCCUUCCAUCAUCUCCCUCCCCUUCCAUCAUCUCCCUCCCCUUCCAUCAUCUCUCUCCCCUUCCAUCAUCUCUCUCCCCUUCCAUCAUCUCCCUCCCCUUCCAUCAUCUCUCUCCCCUUCCAUCAUCUCUCUCCCCUUCCAUCAUCUCCCUCCCCUUCCAUCAUCUCCCUCCCCUUCCAUCAUCUCCCUCCCCUUCCAUCAUCUCCCUCCCCUUCCAUCAUCUCCCUCCCCUUCCAUCAUCUCCCUCCCCUUCCAUCAUCUCCCUCCCCUUCCAUCAUCUCCCUCCCCUUCCAUCAUCUCCCUCCCCUUCCAUCAUCUCCCUCCCCUUCCAUCAUCUCCCUCCCCUUCCAUCAUCUCCCUCCCCUUCCAUCAUCUCCCUCCCCUUCCAUCAUCUCCCUCCCCUUCCAUCAUCUCCCUCCCCUUCCAUCAUCUCCCUCCCUUCCAUCAUCUCCUCCCUUCCAUCAUCUCUCCCUCCAUCCUCUCCCCAUCAUCUCUCUCCCCUUCCAUCAUCUCUCUCCCCUUCCAUCAUCUCUCUCCCCUUCCAUCAUCUCUCUCCCCUUCCAUCAUCUCUCUCCCCUUCCAUCAUCUCCCUCCCCUUCCAUCAUCUCCCUCCCCUUCCAUCAUCUCCCUCCCCUUCCAUCAUCUCCCUCCCCUUCCAUCAUCUCCCUCCCCUUCCAUCAUCUCCCUCCCUUCCAUCAUCUCCCUCCCCUUCCAUCAUCUCCCUCCCCUUCCAUCAUCUCCCUCCCCUUCCAUCAUCUCCCUCCCCUUCCAUCAUCUCCCUCCCCUUCCAUCAUCUCCCUCCCCUUCCAUCAUCUCCCUCCCCUUCCAUCAUCUCCCUCCCCUUCCAUCAUCUCCCUCCCCUUCCAUCAUCUCCCUCCCCUUCCAUCAUCUCCCUCCCCUUCCAUCAUCUCCCUCCCCUUCCAUCAUCUCCUCCCCUUCCAUCAUCUCCCUCCCCUUCCAUCAUCUCCCUCCCCUUCCAUCAUCUCCCUCCCCUUCCAUCAUCUCCCUCCCCUUCCAUCAUCUCUCUCCCCUUCCAUCAUCUCUCUCCCCUUCCAUCAUCUCUCUCCCCUUCCAUCAUCUCCCUCCCCUUCCAUCAUCUCCCUCCCCUUCCAUCAUCUCCCUCCCCUUCCAUCAUCUCCCUCCCCUUCCAUCAUCUCCCUCCCCUUCCAUCAUCUCCCUCCCCUUCCAUCAUCUCCCUCCCCUUCCAUCAUCUCCCUCCCCUUCCAUCAUCUCCCUCCCCUUCCAUCAUCUCCCUCCCCUUCCAUCAUCUCCCUCCCCUUCCAUCAUCUCCCUCCCCUUCCAUCAUCUCCCUCCCCUUCCAUCAUCUCCCUCCCCUUCCAUCAUCUCCCUCCCCUUCCAUCAUCUCCCUCCCCUUCCAUCAUCUCCCUCCCCUUCCAUCAUCUCCCUCCCCUUCCAUCAUCUCCCUCCCCUUCCAUCAUCUCCCUCCCCUUCCAUCAUCUCCCUCCCCUUCCAUCAUCUCCCUCCCCUUCCAUCAUCUCCCUCCCCUUCCAUCAUCUCCCUCCCCUUCCAUCAUCUCUCCUCCCCUUCCAUCAUCUCUCUCCCCUUCCAUCAUCUCUCUCCCCUUCCAUCAUCUCUCUCCCCUUCCAUCAUCUCUCUCCCCUUCCAUCAUCUCCCUCCCCUUCCAUCAUCUCCCUCCCCUUCCAUCAUCUCCCUCCCCUUCCAUCAUCUCCCUCCCCUUCCAUCAUCUCCUCCCCUUCCAUCAUCUCCCUCCCCUUCCAUCAUCUCCCUCCCCUUCCAUCAUCUCCCUCCCCUUCCAUCAUCUCCCUCCCCUUCCAUCAUCUCCCUCCCCUUCCAUCAUCUCCCUCCCCUUCCAUCAUCUCCCUCCCCUUCCAUCAUCUCCCUCCCCUUCCAUCAUCUCCCUCCCCUUCCAUCAUCUCCCUCCCCUUCCAUCAUCUCCCUCCCCCUUCCAUCAUCUCCCUCCCCUUCCAUCAUCUCCCUCCCCUUCCAUCAUCUCUCUCCCCUUCCAUCAUCUCUCUCCCCUUCCAUCAUCUCCCUCCCCUUCCAUCAUCUCCCUCCCCUUCCAUCAUCUCCCUCCCUUCCAUCAUCUCCCUCCCCUUCCAUCAUCUCCCUCCCCUUCCAUCAUCUCUCUCCCCUUCCAUCAUCUCUCUCCCCUUCCAUCAUCUCUCUCCCCUUCCAUCAUCUCUCUCCCCUUCCAUCAUCUCUCUCCCCUUCCAUCAUCUCUCUCCCCUUCCAUCAUCUCCCUCCCCUUCCAUCAUCUCUCUCCCCUUCCAUCAUCUCCCUCCCCUUCCAUCAUCUCCCUCCCCUUCCAUCAUCUCCCUCCCCUUCCAUCAUCUCCCUCCCCUUCCAUCAUCUCCCUCCCCUUCCAUCAUCUCCCUCCCCUUCCAUCAUCUCCCUCCCCUUCCAUCAUCUCCCUCCCCUUCCAUCAUCUCCCUCCCCUUCCAUCAUCUCCCUCCCCUUCCAUCAUCUCCCUCCCCUUCCAUCAUCUCCCUCCCCUUCCAUCAUCUCCCUCCCCUUCCAUCAUCUCCCUCCCCUUCCAUCAUCUCCCUCCCCUUCCAUCAUCUCCCUCCCCUUCCAUCAUCUCCCUCCCCUUCCAUCAUCUCCCUCCCCUUCCAUCAUCUCCCUCCCCUUCCAUCAUCUCCCUCCCCUUCCAUCAUCUCCCUCCCCUUCCAUCAUCUCCCUCCCCUUCCAUCAUCUCCCUCCCCUUCCAUCAUCUCUCUCCCCUUCCAUCAUCUCUCUCCCCUUCCAUCAUCUCUCUCCCCUUCCAUCAUCUCUCUCCCCUUCCAUCAUCUCUCUCCCCUUCCAUCAUCUCCCUCCCCUUCCAUCAUCUCCUCCCCUUCCAUCAUCUCCCUCCCCUUCCAUCAUCUCCCUCCCCUUCCAUCAUCUCCCUCCCCUUCCAUCAUCUCCCUCCCCUUCCAUCAUCUCCCUCCCCUUCCAUCAUCUCCCUCCCCUUCCAUCAUCUCCCUCCCCUUCCAUCAUCUCCCUCCCCUUCCAUCAUCUCCCUCCCCUUCCAUCAUCUCUCUCCCCUUCCAUCAUCUCUCUCCCCUUCCAUCAUCUCUCUCCCCUUCCAUCAUCUCUCUCCCCUUCCAUCAUCUCUCUCCCCUUCCAUCAUCUCUCUCCCCUUCCAUCAUCUCUCUCCCCUUCCAUCAUCUCUCUCCCCUUCCAUCAUCUCCUCCCCUUCCAUCAUCUCCCUCCCCUUCCAUCAUCUCCCUCCCCUUCCAUCAUCUCCCUCCCCUUCCAUCAUCUCCCUCCCCUUCCAUCAUCUCCCUCCCCUUCCAUCAUCUCCCUCCCCUUCCAUCAUCUCCCUCCCCUUCCAUCAUCUCCCUCCCCUUCCAUCAUCUCCCUCCCCUUCCAUCAUCUCCCUCCCCUUCCAUCAUCUCCCUCCCCUUCCAUCAUCUCCCUCCCCUUCCAUCAUCUCCCUCCCCUUCCAUCAUCUCUCUCCCCUUCCAUCAUCUCUCUCCCCUUCCAUCAUCUCUCUCCCCUUCCAUCAUCUCUCUCCCCUUCCAUCAUCUCUCUCCCCUUCCAUCAUCUCCCUCCCCUUCCAUCAUCUCCCUCCCCUUCCAUCAUCUCCCUCCCCUUCCAUCAUCUCCCUCCCCUUCCAUCAUCUCCCUCCCCUUCCAUCAUCUCCCUCCCCUUCCAUCAUCUCCCUCCCCUUCCAUCAUCUCCCUCCCCUUCCAUCAUCUCCCUCCCCUUCCAUCAUCUCCCUCCCCUUCCAUCAUCUCUCUCCCCUUCCAUCAUCUCUCUCCCCUUCCAUCAUCUCUCUCCCCUUCCAUCAUCUCUCUCCCCUUCCAUCAUCUCUCUCCCCUUCCAUCAUCUCUCUCCCCUUCCAUCAUCUCUCUCCCCUUCCAUCAUCUCUCUCCCCUUCCAUCAUCUCCCUCCCCUUCCAUCAUCUCCCUCCCCUUCCAUCAUCUCCCUCCCCUUCCAUCAUCUCCCUCCCCUUCCAUCAUCUCCCUCCCCUUCCAUCAUCUCCCUCCCCUUCCAUCAUCUCCCUCCCCUUCCAUCAUCUCCCUCCCCUUCCAUCAUCUCCCUCCCCUUCCAUCAUCUCCCUCCCCUUCCAUCAUCUCCCUCCCCUUCCAUCAUCUCCCUCCCCUUCCAUCAUCUCCCUCCCCUUCCAUCAUCUCCCUCCCCUUCCAUCAUCUCCCUCCCCUUCCAUCAUCUCCCUCCCCUUCCAUCAUCUCCCUCCCCUUCCAUCAUCUCCCUCCCCUUCCAUCAUCUCCCUCCCCUUCCAUCAUCUCUCUCCCCUUCCAUCAUCUCUCUCCCCUUCCAUCAUCUCUCUCCCCUUCCAUCAUCUCUCUCCCCUUCCAUCAUCUCUCUCCCCUUCCAUCAUCUCUCUCCCCUUCCAUCAUCUCUCUCCCCUUCCAUCAUCUCUCUCCCCUUCCAUCAUCUCCCUCCCCUUCCAUCAUCUCCCUCCCCUUCCAUCAUCUCCCUCCCCUUCCAUCAUCUCCCUCCCCUUCCAUCAUCUCCCUCCCCUUCCAUCAUCUCCCUCCCCUUCCAUCAUCUCCCUCCCCUUCCAUCAUCUCCCUCCCCUUCCAUCAUCUCCCUCCCCUUCCAUCAUCUCCCUCCCCUUCCAUCAUCUCCCUCCCCUUCCAUCAUCUCCCUCCCCUUCCAUCAUCUCCCUCCCCUUCCAUCUCCCUCCCCUUCCAUCAUCUCCUCCCCUUCCAUCAUCUCUCUCCCCUUCCAUCAUCUCUCUCCCCUUCCAUCAUCUCUCUCCCCUUCCAUCAUCUCUCUCCCCUUCCAUCAUCUCUCUCCCCUUCCAUCAUCUCCCUCCCCUUCCAUCAUCUCCCUCCCCUUCCAUCAUCUCCCUCCCCUUCCAUCAUCUCCCUCCCCUUCCAUCAUCUCCCUCCCCUUCCAUCAUCUCCCUCCCCUUCCAUCAUCUCCCUCCCCUUCCAUCAUCUCCCUCCCCUUCCAUCAUCUCCCUCCCCUUCCAUCAUCUCCCUCCCCUUCCAUCAUCUCCCUCCCCUUCCAUCAUCUCCCUCCCCUUCCAUCAUCUCCCUCCCCUUCCAUCAUCUCCCUCCCCUUCCAUCAUCUCUCUCCCCUUCCAUCAUCUCUCUCCCCUUCCAUCAUCUCUCUCCCCUUCCAUCAUCUCUCUCCCCUUCCAUCAUCUCUCUCCCCUUCCAUCAUCUCUCUCCCCUUCAUCAAUAAUUUCCCCCGAGCAGCUAUGGAAAGUUACCAUUCUUGGAGUCGGAGCAUGGGCGGGCAGCACUGGAAGCCAUGGCAGCACUCAAGGCAGCAUGGGACCCGCUUAA